GUGAACUCUCUAAUCUCAACCUUCACCCUCUCUAGUUUUUGUACAUUUUUUUUCCUCUCUAUUCCUUCUUCCUGUUCCUUUUUUCCUGCCAGAGAGAAAAAGAAUUAGACAAGAGAAGAAAGAAAAUUCAAUUUUUUGUUUUUUGUAGCUUCGAAAGUGAUAACUUUGCUGCAACAGUGGUGUGUUUCUCUUUGGUACAAUCAAAGAGAAAAGACUUUGUUGUGGAAGGGUACUCUGCAGUUCGUGCACUUCACAAUCACUCUGAUUUGUUUGGCUCUUUGUUGUGGGUGGUGAUCUGUUUGCAAUUCGGGUCUGGAAUUGUUGCUCGUGGUUUGAUGACUCUUUGAGGGAUGAAGAGGUCCAGAGAGGAUGUUUACAUGAGUUCUCAGCUCAAACGACCUAUGGUAUCUUCUAGAGGAGAACCCUCCGGGCAACCCCAGGUUACGAUUGGUAAUGCUGGUCAGAAACUGACCACAGAUGAUGCCUUACAAUACCUGAAGGCCGUGAAGGAUAUGUUUCAUGAUAAGAAGGAAAAGUAUGAUGACUUUUUAGAAGUAAUGAAAGAUUUCAAGGCCCAAAGAAUUGAUACAGCGGGUGUCAUAGCAAGAGUGAAGGAGCUAUUUAAAGGGCAUAGAAAUCUAAUUUUAGGGUUUAAUACCUUCUUGCCUAAGGGAUAUGAAAUUACACUUCCGUUGGAGGAUGAACAACCUCAGCAGAAGAAGCCUGUUGAAUUUGUUGAAGCUAUAAAUUUUGUGGGCAAGAUCAAGAGUCGGUUUCAAGGCGAUGACCGUGUGUAUAAGUCGUUUCUUGAUAUAUUGAAUAUGUACAGAAAGGAAACCAAGACUAUCUCUGAGGUUUACUUAGAGGUUGCUGCACUUUUCCGUGACCAUGAAGAUCUUCUUGAGGAGUUUACUCAUUUUCUUCCUGAUAAUUCAGUAUCAGCUUCAACUCAUUAUACUUCUGCCCGAAAUUCUAUACUUCGUGAUAAGAGCUCUGCAAUGCCAACUAUUAGACCAGUGCAUGUUGAAAAGAAAGAAAGGACCAUGGCUUCUCAUGGUGAAUGUGAUCUCAGCGUUGAGCAUCCUGAUCAAGAACUCGAUAAAAGUUUGGUGAGGGCUGAUAAGGACCAGAAAAGGCGUGCUGAAAAGGAAAAGGACCGUCGAGAAGAGAGAGAUAGGAGAGAAAGGGAAAGGGAUGAUAGAGAUUAUGAUGUUGAUUGUAAUAGAGACAGUUUAUCCCACAAGCGAAAAUCUGGUCGUAGGACUGAUGACUCUGGUGCUGAACCAUUCCAUGAUGAAGAUGAAAAUUUUGACCUGCGCCCUAUGUCAUCUACUUGUGAAGAUAAAAGCUCUUUGAAAAGUAUGUGUAGUCAAGUCGUUGCUUUCCUUGAAAAAGUCAAGGAGAAAUUACGAACUCCUGAGGUUUACCAAGAAUUUUUGAAGUGUCUACAUAUAUACAGCAGGGAAAUAAUUACCCGACAAGAAUUGCAGUCAUUGGUGGGUGAUUUGCUGGGGAAAUUUCCAGAUCUUAUGGAGGGAUUUAAUGAAUUUUUGGCACAAUGCGAGAAGAAUGAAGGAUUUCUUGCUGGCGUCAUGAACAAAAAGUCCUUGCGGAAUGAAGGACAUGGAUUGAAAGCAUUGAAGGUAGAGGAGAGGGAUAGAGAUCGAGACCGUGAUAAGGUUGAAGGGGUGAAAGAAAGGGAUAGAGAGUGCCGAGAAAGGGACAAAUCCACUGCAGCUGCAAAUAAAGAUGUUUUCGUUCCUAAGAUGUCUCCAUAUGCCACCAAGGAUAAGUAUUUGGCAAAACCUAUAAAUGAGCUAGACCUUUCUAAUUGUGAACAAUGCACUCCCAGUUACCGUCUUCUUCCAAAAAAUUACCCAAUACAAAUACCUAGCCAGAGAACAGAACUUGGUGCAGAAGUAUUGAAUGACCACUGGGUGUCUGUCACUUCAGGAAGUGAAGAUUAUUCCUUUAAACACAUGCGAAAAAAUCAGUUUGAAGAUAUUCUGUUUAGAUGUGAAGAUGACAGGUAUGAACUUGAUAUGCUGAUCGAGUCUGUAAAUGUAGCAAUCAAGCGAGUUGAAGAGCUCUUGGAAAAGAUUAAUACUAAUAUUAUAAAGGGAGACAGUCCAAUUCGAAUUGAGGAACACUUCACAGCUUUAAAUCUUAGAUUGAUUGAACGAUUAUAUGGUGACCAUGGGCUUGAUGCAAUGGAUUGGCUAAGAAAGGAUGCAUCUCGCUUUUUGCCUGUCAUAUUAAACCGCUUGAGGCAGAAACAUGUAGAAUGCGUAAGGAUGAGUGUUGCUUGUAAACCAGAGUGGGCUAAAGUACAUGCUGCGAAUCAUCAUAAAUCACUUGAUCACCGUAGCUUCUACUUUAAGCAGCAGGAUAAGAAAAGCUUGAGUAAUAAAGCCUUACUGACAGAAAUAAAAGAAAUUAGUGAGAAGAAAUGGAAAGAUGAUGUUCUUCUUGCAAUUGCUGCUGGAAAUAGACGGCCUCUUCUUCCAAACUUGGAAUUUGAGUAUCCUGAUCCAGAGAUCCAUGAAGAUUUGUAUCAGCUAAUAAAAUACUCCUGUGGAGAACUUUGUACAACUGAACAGAUGGAUGAAGUUUUAAAGAUUUGGACUACUUUUUUAGAGCCCAUGCUUGGUGUUCCUUCUCGACCCCAGAGUUGUGAAGAUACAGAUGAUAUUGUUAAGGCUAAGAGCAAUUCUUCUAGAAGUGGCACUUCAAAUGAUUCUAAUGGUAAUGAUAGUCAUGGUUUUGGUGCGACUCCUAAUAAUUUAAACACUAACGAAAACAGGGAUGAGAGUAUUCCAUUAGCACAGUCAAAUUCUUUUAAAGAAUGGUUAGCAAAUGGGGAUAGUGGAGUUAAAGAGAGUAGUCAUCUUGAUUCAGACCGCACUUCAUACAAGAUUGAAACUUUGGGCAGUAAUACACAGCAGGGUAAAAUACAUAUGAUUGCAUCCAUCCCUGAUGAAGUAUCAAGAAUCAAUAAACAAGACCAUCCGAUUGAAAAGUUGGCGAGUGCUAAUAUCUCAGUGGCCUCUGGAAUGGAGCAAAAUGGAAGAACUAACAUAGAUAACACAUCAGGACUUACUUCACCUCCAUCUGGUCCUGGUAAUGUUUCUGGCGAGGGAGGGCUUGGUUUACCUCCAUCAAAGCUCGCUGAUUCUACAAAACCUGUUACAUCUUCAAAUGGGGCUAUUACUGAAGGCACCAAAGUUCACCGACCCAAAGAUGAAUCAGUUGGACACUUCAAAAGUGAUAGAGAAGAGGGAGAAUUAUCUCCCAAUGGAGACUUUGAAGAGGACAACUUUGCAGUUUAUGGAGAAGCUGGUUUGGAGGGAGUGAUUGAAGGGAAGGAUAGUAGUACAAGCCGACAAUACCAAAGUAGACAUGGAGAAGAAGUUUGUGGUGAAGCCGGAGGAAGAAAUGACCUUGAUGAUGAAGGUGAGGAAAGUCCUCAUAGGUCGUCAGAGGACAGUGACCAUGCUUUGGAAAAUGGUGAUGUUUCUGGUAGUGAGUCUGCUGAUGGUGACGACUUUACAAGAGAAGAAAAAGAGUGUGGGGAUCAAGAACACAAUAACAAGGCUGAGAGUGAAGGUGAAGCUGAAGAAACGGCUGAUGGCAAUGAUGUUGAGGGAGAUAGUUCCUUGUUACCAAUUUCAGAACACUUUCUUCUCACGGCAAAGCCUCUGGCAAAAUAUGUCAUGCCAGUGUUGCACGAAAAAGAACAUUAUAGAGUCUUUUAUGGAAAUGAUUCCUUUUAUGUGCUGUUUAGAUUACAUCAGAAAUUGUAUGAGAGGAUUCGGUCGGCAAAGGUUAACUCGUCCUCUGAUGAAAGGAAAUGGGGGACUACAAAUGAUACUAGCUCUACUGAACAAUAUGGCAGGUUCUUGAAUUCUCUUUAUGACUUCCUGGACGGUUCUUCUGAUAAUACGAAGUUUGAGGAUGACUGUCGAGCUAUUGUUGGAACUCAGUCAUAUGUUUUGUUCACAAUAGACAAGCUAAUAUAUAAACUUGUUAAACAUCUUCAAGCCGUUGCAGAUGAUGAGAUGGAUAACAAGCUUCUUCAAUUAUAUGCACAUGAGAAAUCAAGAAAACCUGGAAGAUUUUUUGAUACAGUCUAUCAUGACAAUGCUCGCAUUCUUCUUCACGAUGACAAUAUAUAUCGAGUUGAAUGUUCACCUGCACCUACUCGUUUGUCUAUUCAACUGAUGGACUACGGUCGUGAUAAGCCCGAAGUGACUGCUGUGUCAAUUGACCCAAAAUUUUCAGCAUAUCUGCACAAUGACUUCCUAGCUGUUGUCCCUGACCAAAAUAAGAAGUCUGGAAUUUUCUUGAAUAGGAAUAAACGCAAAUAUGUCGUUGGCGAUGAAUUUACCAGCCAGGCCAUGGAUGGAGUCGACGUUUUCAAUGGCUUGGAGUGCAAGAUAGCUUGCAGUUCGUCUAAGGUUUCAUAUGUUUUAGAUACCGAAGACUUUUUAAUACGAACAAGAAGCAGAAGGAGAACCUUGCAUCAUAACAAUUCAUUCCAUGAAAAGGCCAAGCCUUCAGAGAAAUGUUCAAGCAGAGCUCAACGGUAUCACCAGUUGUUUACAAUCAUAUGAGGGUAGCCAUUUGAGCUGAAUAUGCAUUUUUGGUCGUGCAUCAUCGGCAAAGGCGCCGGACGGGACCGAAAUGACAGAUCUCCCUCCAAGAGCAAAGGAUGUAUACUUUGUGAUAUUUAAUUUCGUUGCAAUGCUCACAGCAACCAAAUAAGACUUUGCAGAGAAAGAAAAGGGAGGGAUGAAUGAAGCAGUGAGAGUUGUUGUAUACUGUAACAUUGGUGGUUGAUGAUUCACGAUCAUGUAAAUAUAGAGUUCUAAUUUGUGAUGUAUCUAGGAGCCAUUUUCUUUCCAUUCAUCCAUAUUUUUGUUAUCUUGAUAAUAAAAUUUUAGAUAGUACUACCUUUUUCUUUCUUGUUUGAAGUUAUUGAUGUUUUUAUGAAGUAUUUGGUGGCUGCAACUGGCCUCCACAUUCAAAUUCGCAGUGCAUGAACAAGAAGGUUAAUAUACCCCUUAACCCCAUAUUUCCUUUUCCGUAUAUAUAACUUAUCAAAAA